AUGAGUGCAUCUACUUAUCGCAUCAUAAAUUUUUAUCCUAUUGGCACUAUGAUUGAUAGGGGUGAGCAUUCGGUUAAACGGUUCGUGAGUAGGCCUAGCGUCGUAGCCUACGCCCACCCGAGUAGGCUUACGCGGCGAGGCUCAUCGGCCACCCGAGUAGGCCUACCGGCCUACCGGCCGCCUACUCGGGUGGGCGGUAGGCCUACCGGCGAUGGCCGCAGGCGGCCGCAUGGGCCUACGGCAGUGGGCGCAAGCCUACUUCCGGUGGGCACGAGGCACUGGCGGUAG